GCUGCGUCGGUGGCCGGUAUAUAAAGCAGCGCGAGCCAUUUGAACGCUGUGUCUUUUCUUCAUUCGAGGAAAGAGCCUUCAAGUAGCAAACAUGCUGUCCAUCGCUGCCUUCCUCGGCCUCAUCGCCAUCUCCUCCGCCGGCUACCUCGGUGGAGGCUACGGAGGCGUUGGUCUCGGCUACGGAGGAGUCGGCCUCGGCUACGGCGGUGGUCUUGGCUUCGGCUACGGUGGCGGCGUCGCUGUCGCCGCUCCGGCCGUCGCCGCCGCGCCAGUCGUGGCCGCCGCUCCCGUGGCCGUCGCCGCACCCGUGGCCCUCGGCCCCAGCCCCGGCGCCGUUGCCGGCGGCGCUUUCGCUGCCACCGCCGUGACCGGCAACGUCGCCAAGGUCGUCACCAGCCAGGUGUCCACCGCUCACCACACCGCGCCUGGAGUCGCCAGCGUAGCCACCCAGGCUGUCGCUCCCGUCGUCGGCGUCGGCGGUGGUGGAUACGGACUCGGCCACGGCGGAUACGGACUCGGCUACGGAGCUGGACUCGGCUACGGUCUUGGUCACGGCGGAUACGGCGGAUACGGCGUCGCCCACGUCGCUGCUGCCCCCGCCGUCGCCGUCAAAGUCGGAUACGCCGGAUACGGCGGAUACGGCGGAUACGGCGGGUACGGCGGAUACGGCAAGGGAUACUAGAAAAUGACGGUACAAAGACGACAUUGCCAAGCUUAUACAUACGCUGAGAGGGUGCAAGCGAUGGAGGACUGGUCAGAAGACACCGAUGGUCCAGUAGUGAAAGAAUAAAUUAUUCCACUUGUUC